UUGUGAGGGAGGGCCAAGCAUUCGCUUGAUCGGAAAGCCAUAGGAAUUUGGUCCGAUUUGUAAGUACAAUCACAUUUUUGGAUCCACAACAAAGGUCAGUUUGGCCUGAUCACUCGACACAAUUGGACAAACAUGAGAGGCCUCGUUUUGUUCAGCGUGUUGAUUGUGGGCACUUGGGCCCAAGAUGUACUGGUCACUUUACCCGACCUUGGAACCAUUCAAGGGCGAACCAAGGAGACCUUUGGCAAUCUCGGAGUGCCAAAGAAGCCGUAUUACAACUUCCGGAACAUUCCUUUCGCGGAAUCAGUUUCCGGACCUAAACGCUUUUCGCAACCCGUUCAACUCAAGAGAGCUAUUGGUACUGUGGAACAACCAUAUGAUGCCACUAAAUCUGGACCACUUUGUCCACAAUUGGGUCUGGACGAGGCUACCCUUGGUCAGCUGACUGAGGCCAUCGUGAAUGACCUGAUUGACACUCUUCUCAUUGAUCUUGAGCUCUCUGGAUUGAUCUCAACCGAGUCGGUGAUCACUCUAUUGGAAGACCUGUUUGAGGUUCCCGUGGGCGGCCUCACGGUGGCUGAGAUCAUCAACAACCUCCUGGAUGUGGAUUUUUCAGUCUCAGAGGACUGCCUGCACUUGGCUGUUUCGACGCCUUAUCUUCCUGGUAAAGAUACUGAGCGAGCGGACCUUUUGCCCGUCAUGUUCUUCAUUUAUGGCGGAGGCUUCAGAGCUGGAACUCAAAUGAAGAUGGGCUACGAACGCUUGGGAGACGUUAAUGAUGUGGUCCUGGUGGCCAUUAAUUAUAGGCUGGGCCCUCUAGGUUUCAUGUGCCUGGACACGGACUCGUCAGCUGGAAAUAUGGGUCUGUUGGAUCAAAUAGUGGGACUGGAAUGGGUCCGAGAUAACAUCGAGUAUUUCGGGGGAGAUCCCAAUCAAAUCACGAUUUUCGGCGAAUCCGCAGGAGCGGCCAGUGUCAGCUUGCUUACUCUCUCUCCCUCUGCCAAGGGGCUGUUCCAUAAAGCCAUCGGACAAUCCGCCUCGGCGGCCUCUCCCUGGGCCUUUGAUGACAAAUACCAUGAGUACUAUGCGCGACAAGUGGCCGCCAAAGUCGGUUGCGUGGAGGAGGACUUGGAUUUGUUGGUGGAAUGCAUGAAAACCGUCCCUUACACGGACAUCAUGGUGGCUGACUCCGAGUUUGGGCUCGAGGAUGAGGCCACCGGCACUUUGGGGUUUGGGGGAGUGAAUGGUUGUGGCCAAACUAAGGGAGCCCGGAAGGUCUAUUCCAAAGGAGAGGACCCGGUGCGCAUCUUGGAAAGUGGAACCUAUAAUCAUAUCCCAAUGAUGUGGGGGGCUAACGACGAUGAAGGCCUUCUGGCCUACUCACAGGCUGUCCUUUACGUGAUCAAUUCCACCAUGCAACAGGAUGAGUACUUCUUGAGAUAUCAAGUCAUCGACUAUUUGCUCUCAGUGUCUGAAGUGAACAACGGUUACGCCUUCUCUGAACUAAUUCAAGAGGCGUAUUUCAAAGAAGACGAAAUGGGUGACUUUACCAAGAUGUCCCGGGGAUUGGUAGAUCUCUUGGGUGUUGCUACUUUGAAAGCCUCGUCUUACAAAAUGAUUGAGGAGAACUCGAGGUUUGCCGAUUCCUACUUCUACGCCUUGGAGAUGAGGGACCGAAAAUCCUUCCACAGGAUUUUCAACCAAAUUGGACACCCUGAUCUUCCCGUUCCGGGCGAAGAAAAUGGAUUGGCGGCACAUGCGGAUGAUCUCUUAUAUUUAUUUGAUGUUCCGUUGCCUCUGGUUCUUUGCAACUUGAAGGACUUCUUCAACGCUUUGGCCGCCGCUUAUGUCAAAUGCGUGGCCGAGGUCGGUUUGGCCGAAGCCGAGAAGUGCGUGACCGAUCACGAGGGCGAGUUCAAGGCUGAGUGGGGUGAAUGCGUGGACGGGCAUCUCUCCGACAAUCAACUGGUCGUGUCGGAUGCCAUGGUUAAAGUCUGGUCGAAUUUUGCCAUUUCAGGAAAUCCAACUCCUCCGGAAUCAGGCUUGCCAACAUUGAACCCCUGGAGACGCGAUGACCCUCAAUACAUCGUCUUUGACUACCCCGUUGAAGUCCGAAGCGACUACAGGAAAAGCUAUUCCAAGCCACGUGACAAUGUUCACUGAACUGCCACUAAGAUACCUUUUGUUAACUAUGCGUUGCCUUUCCAUUGAAAAUAAACAAACAUCGAAAUUUU